AUGAAGUUUUUCUAUACCCUUUUUACUUCUGUCAUCCUUCUGAGGGCCGCAACCGCAGCUAGAACUACGUUCGGCGAAGAUGGAGAGGUGACCACUGUCACUAGCAGUUAUGCAGAUACCUAUCCAGAUUUGGUCAGAGCGCCGAGUCCGAGCGUUGGAGACGGACCAAAAAAUGAGCCGUUUCCCGAGACUGAAAAAUUCAGCAAAGCAGCCCUGAUUGCAGCCCACGCACAAGCCUUAAGAAAAAAUGGAUCAGGUGCAACGUAUCCCAAGCCUUGGAAAAGAGAUGGAGCAGUAACUGAAUACAUGGAGUUCCCGAUCAUGGUUGAUGGGAGUCUUUGGACUGGAGGCAAACCAAGAGAGUUCAGAAUUUUAUAUAAGAAGUCGGACAACACUUUCUAUAGGGUUGCUGUACAUUUAUCGGCUACAGACCUCACUUUAUUCGACCUAUGUGGUGCACCAGUUGCUAAAACCAAGCGAGAUUCCACGGGCCCAGAGGAUGAGGCUUUUGGUUCCUUGAGUAUGCGUAUUGUAUCUCGUUAUACGGACGCUUAG